AUGGAAAAGAGACUGGAGGACCUCAAGCUAACGCCUGGGGAAGUUGAACGUCUCCAAAAGGCAUUUAAGGAUCCAGAAUUUUGUAAAUUAUUUGCAGAAUAUGCAGAAGAAAUUAGCAAUCCUGAGAACAGGAAACGUUAUGAAGAAGAGAUCAAACUUGCUGAACAAGGGCGCGGCAUGGACGUCGAAUUUAUCCACCCAACUCCCUGUUACGUACUUAAGACUCGUCAUUGGCCCAGCGUUUCAGGCCCACCAAAAGUUAAGCAACACUUCGAAGAUGCCCCACCGUUAGCCGAUGGUCAAAAAGUCUUUAUUAACAUCUGUUCCUCAGACAAAGUUGGCAAGCCAGAAUUUGUGACUGAUGCUCAAACUUGCGGAGACGGACCCAAAAACGGUGUUCGAUGGAGCAUCCCCCAUUCGUUCUCACCCCCGUUAGAGGAUCUAGAUAAGGACAAAAAACGCUGUCUAGGCGUGACCCAGAAGGGGCCGCUCCGGCCGACAAUCAUUCGCCGAAAGCGGACGGAUUACGAGGAAUGCCAGCAGCGUACUCAAGAGGAAGAGCAAGCCGCCUUUGAGGCCGCUCGCAUGGGUCCCAAUCCAAAGGCUUCGGUGGCUGCUCUCGCCAAGCUUAAGGCGUCGUCAAAAGAAAUGGAACAGAGGAGCCAGAAGAUUGCUCAGGAUACCGUGGAUGGUAGGUCCCCCUUCAUUGAUACUUCAUCGUCUUUCUGUGGUGUAACUCCCUAUUUCUUGUACACAGUUCUAGUCGUUGGUCGCUACCCUCUGGUCUCUAUACUUAGUAAGGAUUUUCGAAAGAAAAGAUGGAUCUAG